AUCUGGGCUGGGAGCAAUUCUUAACAGUGCACAGAUGAUAUUUGUAAAAAAUGCACCUGGACCAAAAGGAGAAACAAAAAAAAAAUCGCCUCUCUUUUGCUCGCCUUUGGUUAUGAAUGGGUGCAGCGGAUGCGCCGCCCUCUCCGGACGUGACGCCGAGCCAAUGGGAAAGCCCGUUGCGUAGUGAUGUGACGUCGCCAGCUGCCGUCGUGUCUGGAUUGGAAUGUUAAAGAGUAACAAUCGGAACCGCCGAGCAUUCGGUAAUUGGACACUGGGGUCAGAGACUUUGCAGUUUAAACUCUCUUUUUGGAUUCCUUCACAGUGACGAAAUUGCAGCUGGGGGACUUUCAACAUCUUGUUUUACUUGCCGAGCUCAAACAGGCUCACCCGGUAGAUGCGAGCCGAUGUCUCUUGGUGGUGGGAUUGUUCUCAAAAUUAAGAGAAAUGCAGGGAUUUGUGAGGCUACAGUGUUUUAAAUAGACGGCGAGCCUCUCCUGCCAGAAUCAUGGAAUGAUCCUAAGGAACCGAACAAGCGGGUACCUUCUGUACGGAUACCAGACGGCUGUUGAUAAUCCCUGCCGGCGGCGUGUACAUGAGUUUGCAGUGAGACUGUGUGUCGCUUUUCUCGGAUGCGUACAGAACACGAGCCAUCAGCCCACUGUGGAAGGAGUUAGUCCAUUUCGGCAAGAUCUGAACAGGCUACGGGCUGGAGGCGCGCCUGUUCUGUGCGACUGCUUAGUAGCGCCUCUUCUUUACGUCUUGGGCAAUAUACCAGCGGCGCGCUCUAACAAUGAUAGAUAGAAGAGGGGAAAGAUAAAGAAUAAGUCGCCCACAUGCACUGGAUCGGUCCCAGGAUUUGGGAACGGAAUAAGAAGAAGAGGGAAGACGAGAGUUUGAAAUCCUUGCAGGGUGGUGGAAGAUGGCGGAUAGGAGCUGGAGGUGGUGAGAGCGAAACUUCGGGGCUUUUUGGUUUUAUUUGCAAACAUCUCGACCCAGAUAGUAGGACACAUGCAGGCCAAAAAACGCUAUUUAAUCCUGCUCUCCGCCGGCGCCUGUCUUGUUCUACUGUUCUACGUUGGAGGUUUUCAAGUUCCUGCUCAGCGAAACCAGAGCCGGCGUGACGAUCGCAGCAGAAAUGGUUUCCAUCCGAAUCAGCCUUGGCCCCACUUCUCAGACCAUUUGCAAUCUUUCUUUCCCUGGGACCGAUUGGAAAACGUGGAUUACAACAUGCACAUUUCCCCGAGGCAGAAGAGGGACGCCAAUUCCAGCGUGUACAAAGGCAAGAGGUGUCGCAUGGACUCCUGCUUUGAUUUCUCGCUGUGCCAGCGAAACGGUUUCAAAGUUUACGUCUACCCCCAGCAAAAAGGGGAGAAAAUCUCGGAAAGUUACCAAAACAUUCUGUCAGCCAUCGAGGGAUCCAGGUUUUAUACUUCAGAUCCCAGCCAAGCUUGCCUGUUCGUCUUAAGUUUGGAUACUUUGGACAGAGACCAGCUCUCCCCUCAGUACGUGCAUAAUUUAAAAACAAAAGUCCAAAACCUUCACCUGUGGAGCAACGGUAGGAACCAUCUAAUCUUUAAUUUGUAUUCGGGUACGUGGCCGGAUUACACGGAAGACCUCGGGUUCGACAUUGGUCAGGCUAUGCUGGCGAAAGCCAGCAUCGGGACCGAAAACUUCCGACCCGGCUUCGACGUUUCCAUCCCGUUGUUUUCCAAAGAUCACCCCAGGACAGGAGGAGAACGGGGGUAUCUGAAGUACAAUUCCAUCCCCCCCUUCAGGAAAUACAUGCUGGUGUUUAAGGGGAAGAGGUACUUGACCGGCAUCGGGUCAGACACGAGGAAUGCCUUAUACCAUGUCCACAACGCGGAGGACGUGGUCCUUUUGACCACCUGCAAGCACGGCAAGGACUGGCAGAAACACAAGGACGCACGUUGUGACAGGGACAACGCGGAGUAUGACAAGUAUGACUACAGAGAAAUGCUGCACAACGCCACCUUCUGUCUCGUCCCGCGCGGGAGGCGACUGGGGUCUUUUCGGUUUCUGGAAGCCUUACAGGCUGCCUGUGUCCCCGUGACGCUCAGUAACGGAUGGGAGCUGCCUUUUUCAGAAGUAAUCGAUUGGAACACAGCUGCUGUCAUAGGAGACGAGAGAUUGCUGCUGCAGAUCCCAUCAACAGUCAGGUCCAUCCAUCAGGACAAAAUCUUAGCACUUAGACAGCAAACACAACUCUUGUGGGAGGCUUAUUUUUCCUCGGUGGAGAAGAUUGUAUUGACUACAUUGGAGAUCAUCCGGGAUAGAAUUUUCAAGCACAUAUCACGGAACAGCUUAAUGUGGAACAGUCAUCCAGGAGGGCUCUUUGUGCUGCCACAGUAUUCUGCGUAUCUGGGAGACUUCCCUUUUUACUAUGCUGGUCUUGGUAUAAAACCAUCCCCCAAGUUUACGGCUGUCAUCCAUGCAGUGACUCCACUGGUCUCCCAGUCUCAGCCAAUCUUAAAGCUCCUGGUGGCUGUAGCCAAAUCCCAGUAUUGUGCCCAGAUCAUUGUUUUAUGGAACUGUGAUAAGCCGUUACCAGCUAAACACCGGUGGCCAGCCACAACUGUGCCCGUCAUCGUGAUUGAAGGAGAGAGUAAGGUAAUGAGCAGUCGUUUCCAGCCCUAUGAAACUAUAAUCACCGAUGCUGUGCUGAGCCUUGAUGAAGAUACAGUGCUUUCAACCACAGAGGUGGACUUUGCCUUCACCGUCUGGCAGAGUUUCCCGGAGAGGAUUGUGGGAUACCCUGCCCGGAGUCACUUUUGGGACAGCAACAAGGAGAGGUGGGGUUACACCUCCAAGUGGACAAAUGACUACUCCAUGGUUUUGACUGGAGCUGCUAUAUACCACAGAUACUACCACUACUUGUAUACAAAUUACCUACCUGCUAGUCUGAAAACCAUGGUGGACCAACUGGCCAACUGCGAGGACAUCCUGAUGAAUUUCCUUGUGUCGGCUGUCACCAAACUACCACCAAUUAAGGUGACACAGAAGAAGCAGUAUAAGGAAACCAUGAUGGGACAGUCCUCCCGCGCCUCUCGCUGGGCCGACCCGGACCACUUUGCUCAGCGGCAGACCUGCAUGAACAAAUUCGCCAACUGGUUUGGCACCAUGCCCCUCAUCCACUCCCAGAUGAGGCUGGACCCAGUCCUCUUCAAAGACCAGGUGUCCAUACUGCGCAAGAAGUACAGGGACAUAGAGAGACUCUAACGAGCUCUGCACCGUGGGGCUGGGGGGGAGGGAGGAAGGGGAGGGGAGACCACAUGGGGUCUCUGAGCAGCACCGUCGUCCUCUGGCCUUGUGGCACCCCAAGAAGACUGCACCCAUCACCACGGAAACUGGCUGGACGUUUCCUGUGUGCAGCAGGACCAGCUUGCUCUGCGGCCCUGGACAAGCAGAAGCAUUGAAUCGGAGGGAGGUCGUGGUGCUGGCAUUCAAAAAUGAUCUCUUCCACCUCCCCAGGCCUCGCCACCCUGCGCCCCUGUUCUUCAACUAUGCAGAUUUUAUUUAAGGAAGGCAGAUUGUCUGAAGAGACCUCCUUUUUUGUUUUGGUUUGAUUAUCCCUUUUUGUUUUGUUUUUGGUUUGAUUAUCCAUUUUUUUUUUCCCAAGCACUAUUCCCACUCGAAUCAGUCUUGAUUUUUGCGAACAGAAGGGAAGCCAGCUUCUGUGGAAAUUGUGCGUUUAAUGUGCCUAGAGAGCAAAAAAGCAAGGAGAGCAAGGUGAUGAAAGUGUACAUGGACAAAGAAAUGAAAACAUAACCAAAACCUUGGCAGAAUCCUUUCCUUACUUCUCAUCGUUUGCUUGAUCACCUUGUUUUGGAAUGGGUAUUCCCAACACUAAAGGUUUAUGAAUAAUCUGUGUCAUAUCUCAGUUCAUUAAGGAUAGUGCCAGAAUUGGCCAUCACAUUUUUUAAAGUAUUUUUAACUUUAGAAAAUCUGUGUAUUAAAUUAAAUUCACUUUUCAUUUGGUUGCCCAUUUCAAUGCUGACAUGAGGACAUUUUUCUGAUGAAUUAAAGAAAUGGUACAGAGUAAUCUAUAUCAUAUUCUCAUAGCAGGAGGGAAGGAAUUGGAAAUGUUAUCUUUUAAUGUAGAAACUGUAAGAAAUAAUUUGAACUGUGUAGCCAUCACAAAAGGGAUUUAACUUUUCCUUCUCUGCUCUCUUCUAUAAAUGAAUGAUAAGAGGUCUUUACUGAAUGAAGAAGGAGUUGGGGGGGGUUCUGUCUUUGUUGAUCAUCUCUAAUUUUAAAGACUUUCAAGUGUGGAAAAAUGAAAGAACAUAUUCAUCAUAGCCUUUAAACUGGAGUACAUCUUGGAUCAUUUUCAGUUUUUGUUAUGUUUUUCUUAUAGAAAAUGAUUCUAGCAGCUCACAAAUGAGAGGAAGGAAAUAAAAAUUGGAAAACAUUGUUCAAGUCUGUUAGUUGCGUUGUAAAGUAAAAACAUGCACAGAUCCUUGACUCUUCGUACAGGGGCAAAGGAGAAAUUUUCUAGAUUUAAGGUUUCAUACAUAAAAAUAGAAGCACAUCACAACUUCUUCUGGGUAGCAAGCUCAGGUAUCAAAUGGAGAACUGAAAGGGUUUUGAAAUCCUGAGAAAAGUAGUGUAUCCAUCAUAGGUAACAACCAUAGCAGAAAAAUUGGAGGAAAGCCUUUGUGUAGGGCUAUAUCCAUUUGUGAAUAAGUAUGCUUAAAUAGCAUUUCCCAAUGUGAACAGUGACAGGUACUGCAUGGGCAGCCUAUGACAAUGCAAUGCAGUAGUUGAGUUUCUGGCUCUGAAUUAAUUAGACUGUGAGCAAAUUCAUCCAAAGAAGCUGGUGGUAGUUCUGUGGAUGAAAGGAUAAAGGACAUCAUCAUAAUUUGCUCACAUAUUCCAAUUAAUAUUUUCUCAAACUAGGAACUACAUGCUGAAGAUAGUCUGUUUCAUGUAGUCCUCUUGAUUUUUGUUGUUAUUUUUUUACCGUUACCAUUAUAAAUCAUUUCAUAAAAGAGACUAGAUCAAGAUAUUACGCACCAAAUUCCGGAGUUUAUGUACAGUGUUAUUUUAUGUCCAGUCCUGCCAUUUUAAUGUAUCCUUGAGGAAAUACUAUUUGGCACAACACCAAGCACAAGAGAGAGUGGUCAUCAACACAGCGGUGUCUAGCAGUUUCAUCCUUUGUGUCAUGCAGAAGACAAAUCCAUUGUUUGGGGAUGUUUAAAUUUGCCAGGGUACUGGAUGUGUAUGCCGCACCUAAACUUUUUUUUUUUAGCUGCAGAAAUACGAUUUCGAAGCGGAAGUUAAAAACCGUGAUAGUUAAAAGUUAAAUCAUACAUCGAUUUUGUAAGUCCCGGUAGAAGAUGGCCCUUAACGGUUAUUGAGAGCUUGUAAUACCUGCACUGAUAGCAAAGUGCACUCACAGCAGAUAGUUUUAUGACCACAACUCCAUGCCCUCCGCCAUUUGCAGUUUGAAAACCAUGCCUGUAAAUAUGCACUAGAGAGGAAUGAGCUCUAAGUCUUCAUCUUGGAUCAUUUCAUGUCUCUGCAUACACUCGUGCUUGUGGGUUCUUGUGUUUUGUUCAUUCAUUUCAAGGGAAUGGUGCUCUGACAAGGGUAGUUCCUUGUUAUAAUCUUUACUAAAAGUUCUAUUUUUUAAGAGUGGGGGCUAUGUUAGCCUUUGCUUUACAGGUACUUGAAUGUCUGAUGACUUGAAGGAGUGCUGUUCAAGUGGCCUUUAGUAAAGGUGACUGAACUUUAUUUUAAUCAGUGGUGAGCCAAAGAAGAAACUGCAGCCAACUGUGGUUUUCAUAACCUAAUUCAAUAUAGUUUGAAUGAUUUUUUUUACUUCUCUAGAAUAGUAAAGAUUUGUUUUCAUUGUUUUAUUCAUCUGUAGAUAUGAUUGGACACAUGGUAUUAAUAUAACCAAG